AAACUACUAUAUGUUACAUUGGGUAUUAGGUAUGAUCUUGUAACUGUAAACCGUGCCACAACUACUUCCACCUAUUUUCAAUUCACAGUAUCAUAAUGGCUUCGUUAUGGCGCGCUGGGACCAAGCUAACUCUACUAGCAUCCGCUCUCGGCGGCGGUGGCGCAGCGGCGCUCAUUGCCACCUCCGACGAUCCUGCAAUGGCGUUCAAUCUCUCCACAACCAUCCCUCGUCGACUCUUUGCCGACGCCGUAGCUGCCGCCAACAUUGUGUUCGAUUAUGAAUAUUCACUGUGGGGAAUCCCGGAAGGAAGUAGUGAGAGGGAGAGAAUGAAGCAUGAAGUUCACCUCCGUUCAGCAGAAAAACUUCGAGACCUGUGUUUUAAGAAUGGAGGGAUUUAUAUAAAGCUUGGGCAACAUCUCGGGCAAUUGGAAUACUUAGUUCCUAAAGAAUAUGUUCAGACCAUGAGGGAGUCCAUGCUAAAUAGAUGUCCGGUUUCUUCGUAUGAGCAAAUAUGUAAUGUAUUCAAGAAAGAGUUUGGAGAGACACCUGAUAAAGUAUUUGCCGAGUUCGAUCCAGUUCCACUAGCAAGUGCUUCCCUUGCACAAGUUCACGUAGCCCGCACACAUGAUGGCCAGAAAGUUGCUGUGAAGGUCCAACAUUCUCACAUGACUGAAACUGCGGCUGCUGAUCAAGCCACUGUAGAAUUGAUUGUGAACACUUUGCAUAAUUUUUUUCCCAGUUUUGAUUACAGGUGGUUGAUUGACGAGAUUAAAGAGAGUUUACCUCAGGAAUUGGACUUUUUAACGGAGGCAAAGAACAGUGAGAGGUGUUUGGAGAACUUCCGUAAGUUGUCUCCUCAUAUCGCAAAUUAUGUAUAUGCACCAAAAGUAUAUUGGAAUCUGAGUUCGUCAAAGCUGCUUACAAUGGAAUACAUCGAUGGUGCUUAUGUAAAUGAUGUGAAGACCAUUAAGAAACUAGGGAUCCGUCCACAUGAACUUUCAAUAUUGGUUAGUCAAACUUUUGCUGAAAUGAUGUUCAAGCAUGGGUUUGUACACUGUGAUCCACAUGCUGCAAAUUUGUUGGUUCGCCCAUUGCCUUCCAGCAAAGCUAGCAUCUUCGGUUGGAGAAAACCACAGUUGAUUCUUUUAGACCACGGACUCUAUAAAGAACUUGACUUCAAUACAAGAACUAAUUAUGCUGCACUAUGGAAGGCGUUGAUAUUUGCUGAUGCUAAUGCAAUCAAGGAAUACAGUACAAAGUUGGGUGCUGGGGAGGAUUUAUAUGCACUUUUUGCUGGAGUUCUAACAAUGAGGCCUUGGAAUAGAGUUGUUGACCCAUCGAUGGAUCACUUAGUUAUACAGGGAAGUCAGAGUGAACUAUCAGAACUUCAGAUGUAUGCUUCUGAAUAUUUCCAUGAAAUCUCAGAGCUUCUAAGGAGAUUACCACGUGUGAUUCUUCUAAUGAUGAAGACAAAUGAUUGUUUACGGGCAGUCAACAAUACCCUGAUACAGGGAUCACAUCUCGAAACAUCUCUGAAGACAUCUUGUAUCAUUGGAAGGGUUUCUUCCGAGGCUGUCACUGCAGCAAAAAUGUCACAAAGCAAGUCGGUUCUAACUUGGUUUAGUGUUAAAUUGGAUAAGAUUUUGCUGGAAAUACAGAUUUGGAAAAUACAGAUGGCCCUGUGGCUUUUGCAACUGAGAAAGGCGUUGCCUUGGUCUCACAGGGCAUCAUAAAGAAAUACCUAAUCUUCGUAAUUUACUUUUUGCUACAUUUUAUUUUAGUUUUUACAAAAUAAUCUUAUAUUCUUUGUCUCGGUGGUCAGAAAUUCCUUCACAAUUUGUGGCAUAGUUUGAGCACGGACUAACGAAUUGAUUUUUAGUGCGUGGUUUUCGUGUUUGGAGCUGUAAAAUCAUGUCUGCACAAAAGAUACAAGAUUUAGAGGCUUUCCAAACAGAAAUGAAACAUGCACUUUACAGGUUAAAUGAAUAUAUAUGUAUUCAAGUGAUGCAGAAUGUUGUAAAUCCCAAUUAAAUGGGAAAAGAGAACUGAAAAAAAAUACAUGUUUAGAUAACAUAAAUAUAUGAUACGGUUGCUAGUGUACCAGUUUGAGAAUUCA